AAUUAAAGUGUGUGCGUUACUACCGGAAGUUCUAGCUCCAUGGUUACCGUUUCAACAUGGCCGCCUAACUUUUGACUAUUUCUGUCAACUUCGUAAUAGCAGCAGGUUGAUUUGGGUCUAACAGCAACUUCUUGGGUUAAAGUAUUUAGUGAUCAACAUGUCCAAAGUUGCUAGCCCCGAUGGAUCCGAUGAGGUCAUCAAUGCCCGGCGCACAGAGUCAAUUGAUGCCCCACACAUCGUCAGCCUGGCAACAAAGUCUACAGAGGCACUGUUUGGACGAGUCAACAUUGUGAAUAUUAUUGAAAAAGCUAUCCUUGCUGUCACACUGAGCAAUGCCAGCGAGGAGAUCCUGGGACAUGCAGCCUUCUUCGACUUUCCCAAUCUCCCAGACGUGGAUGAGGCAGAGUGGGAAGCCUGGAUGAGCAAGUUCUAUUACACCAGCAAAUGCAAUGCACUCAACACACUGUUCAUGCAUUACUUUGUUUCCAAGAACGAGUAUGCUCAUGGAUGUGCUGAGGAGAUUAUUCGUACAGCGUUCAAUGCAGUUCCAGAUCUACACUUCCUGUUUCUGGUGGUGCCUCAUGGUGUUUACCCAGAUGCAGCUGUUGCUGAUGUGUUUAAACCUCUGGAAAAGAAGGAGGGCGUGAUGGCUGGCCCCAACAACUGUGUCAUGUUCGUGUGUCAUCGUCACGACCAUGUCCCCGUGUUGCACAUCAGACAUGCCAGAGUUGAGGAUCAUGAUGAUUUGACCCCCAUCUUCAACCGGCACAGCGACAUGCUGAAAAUGACAUAUGGGGACUACUUCCUGGCAGAGCUCAUUGAAGCUCAGAAUGACAACAUGCAGUGCCUGGUUGCAGAGGUGGAAGGAACCGCUCAAGGCUUUAUGAGUAUCAGCGAUGAUGUCAACUAUGACCUACUGAACAACUGUUUUGAACUGGGACCCUUCCAUGGCCUCCGCCACCCCCACCCUGAUGACGAGGUGGUACCGCCUAAAACACCCACACCUUCACCAACCCCUAAGAAAGAAGAAUCAGUUGAGAAUGGCCGUACAUCUCAACUCUCAACGUCGUCUUUUGACUCCCGUCGGAGCAUUGAAAUCGAACAUGUAGGUCAGUUUGAAGAAGGGAUAAAAGAAGAAUUUGGAACAGCAGGUGAGGGAGGCACAGAAAAAGUUGGAACAGCCAAGACUGAAACUGAACCAAAGACUGCUGGAAGUCGCCAGUCAAGCGCCAAGAGUGCGAAAGGUAGUGUAAGUGGAGAGGUAAAGGUCAGGCCACGACUCACCGAUGCACAGAUGAAUGGCAGCUGCAGUUCUCUUCUCAGUGAAUCCAGUGAAUUGUCCGUGGCUCCAGAAGUGUUGGAACAGCAGCAGUCUGCACCCCCUACACAGGGCACUCAGAGGAACGUUGGGUCUCGAGACUCAGUUCGUGGCACCCCACAAGCUCAACUGAAUGCACCCCCCAAACACUUCAUCCCAACUUACAAGGGCUCGGAGAAUGCUUUCUCCGUUCAGCUGUUUUGUAUAGAUGAAAGGUUUGAAAUGAGAUCUUUCGAUUUCCUUGCUAAGGCAUUCUCCUUGUUCCCCACAAUGGACUUCUGCAUCAUCACUGUUCCCCAUCUGGUCCCGGAGUUCCCUCUACUGCAGGGCUUUGUGCGAGUGACCCCAAGGUCCAGCAGCACACUCCCUCAGGAGCUGUAUGUGUUCCACAGAUCAGGGCUCCUCAAAGAUUUCCAUGUACGUGUAGCCUGCAGCAGUGACGUGAGGGGCGUCGACAUGCUGGUUCAGACUGUGGACCUCCACGACAACCUCCUGAAGGACCUGAAGCAAUUCAACAUGGCUCGCAGAGAUGAGUCUGGCACAGAGAUUCAAGCAUUUGUGGCAGAAAGCCAGGAUCAGAUUGUGGGCGUGGCCAUCGUCAGAAGAGAGGAGGACAUUGAGUACAUCCGCUCCCACUACAACAUAGAGGACUUCAUCUACUACAACCAUCAUCGCCGUCAGGAUCAUGCACACUUACAUCACUUUGCUCUCAACCCCAUCUUUAACCAUCUCUCCAAACAUUUCCUUAAGGAAGUUCUCCGACUGGGCCACAAGACUUGCUUGUACUAUCCUUUGUAUCCCCCCUACACCAAGAAAGAGAUAGUGGACAAACACUCCCUGGUGGGCUGUCUCAACAACCUAGUGCCUGUCCAUGCCCGCCGCCAGAUCGUCUACCCCCUGACAGAGCUGGAGAGCAAUGCUCCAUCACAGAGAGUGCUCAAACACCAGGAGCCCUAUGCCCUCAACCACAUCAACAGAAAGCUGACACUGGAGCCAAAGGUGACCAUCAAUGCCAGGAUAGUUGUGGUUGGGGCAUCUGAUGUAGGGAUCUCUUUCCUGGAAACUCUGGCUUACUGCCCCCAUCUGAGAUUCAACAACCUGACGCUGAUCUCCCCGCAUGGCAUCCCCGGGGAGAUGCUGCCUGAUGCCCUCCGAGACUCCUUCCUCUCCACCAGCCACUGCUACAGCCAGGAGGAGUACAGCAAGAGUGCAUUGCGGACAUGGGUCAACGUGGUGUACGGCAAGAUGACAGCCAUAGACAGGAAGAAGAAGCUUGUGGUGGUGAAUGGGAAUGUCGUCGUCCCAUUUGACCACCUGGUCAUCAGCACUGGUCAGCAGUACCAGGUCCCAUGUCCAACUGAUGCUGACAUUGAGGCAGGGGAGACAAAUGCUGACCUUGAGAACAGCCCUGAUCGCAGACACACGGGCAGUGUGCCCAAGAACCUGUUUCUGACCAAUGAUGCGUAUGAUUCCUCAGUGGCUCUCUACAGGGUGGAGAAUGGUCUACUCAAGACUGAGAAGAAGAUAGUGGUGUAUGGCAACACCCUGGAUGCGAUCUGCUGUGUGCAGACCCUGAUGAGUGCCGGCGUGGAACCCAGUCGCAUCAGUCUCGUCCAGCCACCACUUGCAUAUGAGGUGACCUGUGUAAACAACCCAACUGUGGAGAAAACCAUCACAGAUAAUCUAGCAGCUGCUGGUGUAACUGUCCGCACCAACUGCAUCCUUGCUCGCUACAACACCACCGAUGAUGGCAGUGAAGUUACCUCCCUUGAUUUUACCACCAAAAGUCAUCCUCUCAAUGUACAGUGUGAUGCACUUUUCCCCUUUUUCAUCAAAAGUGUUGAUUUUGAUUCCUUCAAAGCUAUCAACGAUGCUUGUCUGGUAUAUGAUGGUAAGCUGGUGAUUGACGCCUCCUUCCACACCAAUGAUGUCGCCAUCAGAGGUGCUGGCACCAUCACCAAGUAUCAGCGCCGUUACCAUGCCGACCAGUGGACACAUGCUAACUUCAACUCUAAAGAAGUUGGUAUUGCGCUGGCAGUUGAGAUGCUGCGUUUGUUUGACCCCACAGUGGAACCUCAGUCAACUCCUGGAGAAGAACCCCUCAACCUCAUCCCUAUCUACCGCAACCCAAAGGUACACGGAGGAAUUCUGCCAGGUGGCCUACACUAUCUCCAGGUGGCCAAACCCAGCCUUCCUGUCCCACUGGAUGUCCACAUGGCUCAGUCUGACUAUGGCCGUGAGCUGAUCACAGGGGAGGUGGGUCCUGACGCCUGCUACUUCCGUCUGCAUCUGAACCAGUACAACACCAUAGAGACCAUCACCUGCCUCUCUAAACAGCCUGUGCCAGCAAGCAACUUGAUAUGUCUGUUUGGUAUUCACGAACGUUAUCUCAACAACAUGCUGUCCAGGUAUGAAGAGGGCCUAAUCAAAGACUUCUACAGCUAUUUCCAGCAGUCCUGGAGCAUGGCUAUCUACCACGACAGAUUCCCGGACUUCCGGGAUGAGAUCCGAGAGCUGCUCAUCACCAGUCCGGAGGAAGCACUGGAAGCCCUAGAGGAGAAGGUUCGGAUGGUGGUUGAUGAUGAAAUAUCGAUGUCCAAGACACAGCGCAGAGAGUUGCUGGAGGCGUAUGCCGGGACGGGCGCCAAGCGGGCGGUGGAGACACGCCUCCUUAGCUUCAUCAGCUACAACUACUACCACCUCCCCAUGUACGCCAAACCGGGGAUGGUGUGAGGCUCCCUCCCUCCCUCUCACACACACUGUACCACUGUAACAUAGACAUCCAUCAUACAUCACUGUUGUUGUUUAUACAUGCUGCUGUUGUCCAGUAACUUUAAUCAUGUCAUGAUGUUGGAGUUUUUGUAACAUUGAUUUGAUAUAUUUCUCCUGUUUUGGCAACAAAAAAUGCAUUAAUAUAUUGA